AUGGCUGAAUUAUCGAAAUUCAACCAAUCGAUUAUCCAGAAACUGAUCCUGUACACAAAUUACGAGAAACUUACUUUAAAAAAAUUGACAUUGCUGUUCGCACAGAGAGAACAAUUGGCGGAAAACGUGCAAGCAGUCGAUUUUGAGCAGUUGGUGAUCGAAAACAAAAAUUUGAACCAAAAAUUUCAGGCGCACAUAAAAAACGUCAAAAUAUUGAAAACAUUGAACGGGUGGGCCAAUUUGGUGAGAAGCACGUACAAACAUUAUUUGAAAGACCAGGCUCGGGAGAUUGUACAUUUUAAAGAAGUAAUGCAAGAACAAAAAUUAAGGAAUCAAAAUUUAUUGAAAGAAAUCAGUCGGGUUAGAAGGGAACUCGAAGAGGCAGAAUCAGAUUACAAUACUGUUAAAACCUUAAAAGAAACCUAUCGAGUUCCCAGCACCAUGAAAUACAUCGAAUUAAAAGAUGAGCUGUAUAAUAAAAACAGUCGUAUUACCAUAAUACAAAGGCGUAAAAAAAUAUUAGAUAUAGCUAUUUUAGCGUGUUCAGCCCAAAUGAAACAUUUAGUGGGCACUAAGAAAGUGAACCCGAAAUGGUUCAAGGAUAUCAAAAAGAAGGAUUCUUAUAGUUUAAUCAAUUCUACAACAUAA